GCACCUCCAACAUUGACGGCCCCUUCCCCAUCAACCACCACAGCCCCGCCCUCCACCACAGCCCUUCCAUUUACCAUGACCGCUCCUUCAACAACCACAACAGCAGUUCAAAACACAAAAACUCCUCCAACAACUGGCAGGGAUACAGUAAUGAGAUAUGUCACAUUCAGAUCACUUCAGAGCAAUUUUGAAACAGACUUGUUGAAUUCAUCAUCUGCAGCCUUUACAAAUCGAUCUUUAAUGAUAAAGAAACAGAUUGAACCUGUUUACAGUAAGGCCUUCCCCUCUUCCUUUGUCUCCUUGGAUGUGGUGAGCUUCAGGAAGGGAUCAGUCAUAAACACCAUGGAACUUCAGUUUGUAAACUUUUCUGUCCCAAAUUACACUGAGAUUAGGAAUGUUUUGAUCGGUCAAGCCUCAAAUGUGAACGGCUUUGACAUCGAAAGGGCCUCCAUCAACAUCAGUGACACUGCUCCAACAACAGCCACUCUACCAGAAACAACUGCAACUACAACAACAGUUGCAGCAACUACAACCACUAUCCCAACUACAAAAGCACCAACUGGACCUGUCCAAAUUGUUCUCUUUCUACAGUUCCUUGAACCAUAUGUACCUGAUCUCGCAGACCCCACCAGCAGUGCAUAUCAAGAUCGCAAAAAACGAGUUGAAGAGACGUGUGAUAGAAUAUACAGAGCACAAUUUUUGAACUUCAUCCGUGCCAUUGUGGUUGGGUUCAGAUCUGUUAUAGUCCAAAAACGAGUGGAUAGAACUGAGGCAUUGGUGGAGCUUGUGUUCAAUCAAACAAUUCCCAAUGCACAAGUCCCAGAUAAUAUUACUAUUGUUGAAGCUUUAAGAGAUGCUAUUAACAGGUCCAGCAUUAAUUUCACCAUCCAAAUAGUUCCUGAGACGGUAUCAGUAACUUCUGUUCCUGUCAUUGUCACGGACAAUUCCACCACACCUCUACCAACCACUGUCACUUCCACUACUGCUGCACCGACUACUACUUCAACUACUGCUGCACCGACUACUAGUUCCACUACUGCUGCACUGACUACUAGUUCCACUACUGCUUCAGCUACAACUGUUGUACCUACAACUACAGUUUCAAGUGGAGUAUCCCACAAGAUUAAUCCCAGGAUUGGUUUCCUCCUGGUGCUGUUGUUAUGCCUUCUAUCAAGCCAGCAAUAGCAUCUGUGCUGGUUUCCAUGUGAAAGGCCAGCAGAACACAAUCUCUUUUAAUAACAUGAAAAAAAUGUAAUGUCAGCAGAAAUCUGAUAUGUUAUUAUUUAUAAGGGUUGUUGGGUUCGUUUAGGUGCACUGGACACAUCAGAAAGAGUAGCUCUAGUAUGUUUAUCUACAUUAAAAUAUUUUCAGGUGGGAAUGACCCUGCCCUGAACAGAAUGACACAAAUAAUUUUAAGCAUCCGGUUAAUUAAAUCACCAAUAAAAAGCCUGACAAUGCAUGGGCAAAACA